AUGUCAGGAGAGGAACUUUGGGAAUGUGUGAAAAACCUCCCGAAAGCAACAGAUGGUCCCGAGGCACUGAAACGUGUCAAGAAUGCAAAAAAAGGAUGGUUCAAGCAAGGCACUCUAUGGGACCUUCCAUAUUGGAAACAUCUGCUUGUUCGUCACAACUUAGAUGUCAUGCACGUUGAAAAAAACUUUUUUGAUCAGUUGAUUCACACUAUAAUGGACGUGAAAAAGCAAUCUUGUGACACCCCAUCAGCUCGGAAUGACAUUUUUAAAUACUGUAAACGGCCCCAGCUACAUCUUCAAGAGGAUGAUAGAGGAGAAGAAUUCAUGCCAAAGGCUCCAUUUUCUCUUGACAAGGCUCAGAGAAAGGUUUUGUGUGAGUGGGUCAAACAGCUGCGGUUUCCUGAUGGUUACGCUUCCAAUUUGAGCCGAUGCGUUGAUUUGCAAUCAGUUAGCGACAUGGAGCGAUUGGAAAAAAACAUAGCUGAGAUCCUGUGCAAGCUUGAGAAGGUUUUCCCCCCAUCUUUCUUCAACUCCAUGGAGCAUUUACCAAUUCAUUUGCCAUAUGAGGGCAAGUUAUAUGGACAUGUUCCAUAUCGAUGGAUGUAUCCUUUCGAAAGGUUCCUCAAUCACCUGAAACGAAAAAUUGGUAAUAAGGCUCGUGUUGAAGGUUCCAUAUGCAACGCUUAUCUCACUGAAGAGAUAUCAAACUUCUGCUCCAAUUACUUUCAGCCCUCAGUUGACACAAAAACACGAGAUCUAGGUCAAAAUGUGAAUGCUGAUGUGGAAUCCCUGGCUGACAACGAUGAAAUCCCAGAGCUGUUCACGGUGGAUAAGGGUCGUGUGUCAAAUUUGGGUAAAACUCGGUAUUUAGAUGACAAGGAACUCGAACGUGCUCAUUUGUUCAUUUUAAGAAAUAUCGGCAUUCUUGGUGAAUACGAAAGGCAGUUUGAGGACUGCAUUCUUAGUACUCGAACUUAUUUGCGUCGAGAAGAUGUCAUGGAGAAAUGCAAAAGUGAAUUCCCUGAUUGGUUUCAUCACAAGGUGAGAGAACAAAAACCAAGUUCUGAUGUGUUGCGAGCAUUGUCUAUGAGGCCUUUCAAGCGUGUUCGAACUUGGAACCAGGUAUUUGUCGGUGGCUUUAAUUUCCACACACAGUCCUAUGGCAAACACAAAUCUACGAUGAAUUACGGGGUGUGUGUCUCAAGUGAGGACGGUGGAGAGUACUUUGGCAUUUUAAACGACAUAAUUGAACUUGUCUACACCGGUCCCGAAAAAGAGUACAAGACUAUUUUGUUUAGUUGUAGUUGGAUGGAUUGUGUUAAAGGAAUGAACAUUCAUGAACAAUACAAGCUUGUCGAAGUAAAUCAUACUAAGAAGUAUCCCAAGUAUGAUCCAUUUGUCUUAUCUUACCAAGUGUCUCAAGUGUAUUAUGCAUCUUACCCUAGCCUUAAACGUGAUCGGGUUCAAUGGUGGGCUGUAUUUAGAACUCAAGCAAGGUCGGUGAUUGAUGCUCCGGUGGAUUUAGAGUUUUUGCAGGGUCCUUCCCCACAAGUACAUGCAACGCUUUGUCCACCAAAUGACAUUCCAGACUAUGAACUUGAUAGUGAUGAUGAUGAUGAUGAUGACGAUGGCUUUAUUAUCUCAAGCGAUGAAGAAGAAGAAGAAAGCAUUGGCUCCAGUGACAGUGACAGUGACGAAGACAUCGAUGUAUUUUUAGAUGACACUAGUGAUAGUAAUAAUGAUAGUGAUAAUGAUAGUGGUAGUAGUGAUAAGAGUAAUGAAGAGGAGAAUAUGUAG